GACAUCUUCGAUCUGUUGAGGUCUCCCCAAGUGAGAGAUUACCACUAUCCUAGAGCACAGUUUUUAUCGGUAUUCAUAACCCUUUUCUCGUUACAGGAUUACGGCAAAGCCGCAUACUUUGCGAUUAAAAUCCCCACAAAUGGAGAGAGAGAGAGAGAGAGAGAGAGAGCUACUAAGAGUAGCACUUUUGAAGCACCACUCGAAGUCGACGGUGCUGCAGCACCAGCACCAAUAAAUGUAGUACUAGUAAAUAAUUGCUUCCUCCAAGCCCAUUGGUUGUGCAAAGGGGUUUGUGCCGUUGGAAAGAUCUUCUCCUUCACAAGGAUCCAACGGUGUACAUUUAAAGAGUAAGACAAGAUAGGAGUACUUACUACCAACGAUCUGUUCUUCGCAAACGUACCAUGAAAUACUAGACCCCAUAGAUCACUCCCCAGUCAACACUCUGUCAGCUUUCCCAAAAAGAAAGAAAGAAAGAAGAACAAGAAACCAACCUCAAACCUCCUCAUCUCUCUCUCUCUCUCAUCCAUGCCAUGGCACUCCCAAACCUCCUCUCUCUCCUCCUCACCUCCCUCAUCCUCUCCACCACCUUCCCCACCACUCUCACCCAGUCUUCACCCUCUUCCUCUUCUUCUUCUCCUUCUUCGGACAUUGACAUUAUCUUGACCAAAAUCAAACCCGCGCUCCAAGGCCAAGCACCCAACAUCCUCCUAUCCUCGUGGACGACCUCCACCCCUCUCUGCCAAUGGCGCGGCCUCAAGUGGUCUUUCACCAACUCCCUCACCCCGCUCCCCUGCGACCCCUCUCUCUCCUCCUCACAGUUCACCAACCUUUCUCUCUCCAGAGACCCCUCCCUCCGCCUCCUCUCUCUCCAACUCCCUUCCGCCAACCUCUCCGGCUCCCUCCCCAGAGAGCUCGGCCAGCUCUCCUCCCUCCAAAGCCUCUACCUCUCCGUCAACUCCCUCUCCGGGCCCAUCCCCCUUGAGCUCGGAUACAGCUCUUCCCUCAACGACGUCGAUUUGGCCAACAAUUUGCUCACCGGAACAAUACCCACUUCGAUAUGGAACCUCUGUGAUGGUCUUGUCUCGCUACGACUGCACGGUAACUCUCUAUCUGGGUCUUUACCUCAACCUGCAUUGCCCAAUGCUAGUUGUAGUAAUUUAGGGUUCCUUGAUUUGGGGCAAAACAAGAUUUCUGGGGAUUUUCCUGUGUUUGUAACUGGGUUUUUAGGGCUUAAGCUGCUUGAUCUUUCUAGUAAUAUGUUCUAUGGUGAGAUUCCUGCGAGUUUAAGUGGGUUGAAAUUGGAAAGGCUGAAUCUUUCUUAUAAUAAUUUUAGUGGGGUUUUGCCUAAUUUUGGGGAAAUGAGGUUUGUAGCUGAGGCUUUCGAAGGGAAUAGUGUUGGGCUUUGUGGGGCCCCUUUGAGGAGCUGUGGGGGAAGUUCCGGGUUGAGCUCGGGCGCGAUUGCCGGUAUUGUUAUUGGGUUGAUGACCGGUGUUGUGGUUUUGGCUUCGUUGUUUAUCGGGUAUGUGCAGGGGAAGAGGAGGAAGAAUAGGGAUGAAGAAGAUGAGGAGGGGUUUGAAGAAGGAGAGGAUGAGGAAAAUGGCGGAGGUGGAGGAGGAGAUGGGAAGCUGGUCUUGUUUCAGGGCGGCGAGCAUUUGACGUUGGAGGAUGUGUUGAACGCGACGGGUCAGGUGAUGGAGAAGACGAGUUACGGGACUAUUUAUAAGGCGAAACUUGGGGAUGGAGGGACUAUUGCUCUGAGGUUGUUGAGGGAAGGGAGUUGUAAAGAUGGGAGUGUGUGUUUGCCUGUGAUAAAGCAGUUGGGACGGGUUCGCCAUGAGAAUUUGAUCCCGUUGAGAGCGUUUUAUCAGGGGAAGAGAGGGGAGAAGCUGCUUAUCUAUGACUAUCUUCCUAACAGAACACUCCAUGAUCUCUUACAUGAAUCAAGGGUUGGAAAACCUGCUUUGACUUGGGCCAGGCGACACAAGAUUGCAUUGGGUAUAGCCAGAGGACUUGCACAUCUCCACACAAGUCUAGAAACGCCUAUUACUCAUGGGAACGUGAGAUCCAAAAACACUCUAGUUGAUGAUUUUUUCGUGGCCAGGCUUACCGAAUUUGGUCUGGACAAAUUAAUGAUCCCAGCUGUUGCCGAUGAACUGGUGGCAAUUGCAAAAACAGAUGGAUACAAGGCGCCAGAACUCCAAAAGAUGAAAAAGUGCAGUUCCAGGACUGAUGUUUACGCAUUUGGGAUCCUAUUACUGGAGAUUUUGUUAGGGAAGAAGCCAGGGAAAAAUGGGAGGAGCGGCGAUUUUGUUGAUUUGCCUUCACUCGUGAAGGUGGCGGUUCUGGAGGAGACAACAAUGGAGGUUUUCGACGUAGAAGUUUCGAGAGGGAUAAAGAAUCCAAUGGAAGAUGGAUUAGUUCAUGCAUUGAAGCUUGCCAUGGGCUGUUGUGCGCCGGUGGCGACCGUUAGGCCCACAAUGGACGAGGUUGUGAAGCAGUUGGAGGAGAAUAGGCCCAGGAACCGGUCUGCUUUGUACAGCCCUGCAGAAACUAGGAGUGGAACCGGUACCCCCUUCUGAGUUGUUCUUCAGGUUGCAAGUUUCGCGAGUUUCUCAGUCUGUCUCUCCUAAAGGAGUGUUUUGAUGAACGGUGUUAACUUCUUCCUUUUUGUUGCCCUUUUGAUUUAGAGUGAAGUUGUGUUUGGAAGGAUGAAAUGAUUCAUAGUUUAGUCUACUUUGCUUAUUGAGACAUACCUCUCUGCCAAACUGAGAGAUGCUCAGGGAAUGUUAUAUUUGAUGAAAAGCCUUUUUCUCCUUCA